ACCGACUGUGUGUACCCAACCAUGAGCCUAUCCGUACUCACUUCUUGGACUUGGCUCACGACCGGAGUGGACACUUUGGUUUUGAAAAGACAUACGAAAGUCUAUUGCAAAAGUUUGUAUGGCCCGGGAUGAAAGAAAUGACACGAAAGUUUGUGGCUGAGUGUGAAGUUUGUCAACGCAUGAAAUCGUCUCGGCAAAAGCCCUAUGGGCUGCUGCAUCCUCUUCCUAUUCCUGAUGGCCCGGGUAAGUCUCUUUCCAUCGACUUCAUGGACAUGGGAAAGAAGAGCAGGAAUGGAUACUCACAAGUAAUGGUGAUCAUUGACCAUUUUUCAAAGUUUCUGAAUUUGAUUCCAUUACCACCUCACGGCCCAACUGAUGUUGUGAUCAAGGAGUUUCACAAAAGGUACAUUCUGCAGUAUGGGCCCCCGAAAACUCUUGUGAGUGACCGGGACACUAGGUUCAUAAGUGCAGAUUGGAAGGAGUUCACCUCCCAAAUCUACGACAUCAAAUUCAAGAUGACGUAUGACCGACAUCCCGAAGCCAAUGGACUGGCCGAGGAGGUCAACCAGACUGUGAUCCAACUUUUCCGAGCUCUAAUUGUGCCUGAUCAGAACUCUUGGGAUGAGGAAUUGCUGAUUGUGCAAGGACUGUACAACAACUCCAUACACUCCUCCACAGGGAUGACACCUAAUCGACUGCACCUCGGAUGGCAAAUUCGCAAUCCCCUAUCCUAUCUGUUUCCUGAUCCGCCACACCUGGCCAGCCAGGCUAUAGCGCUAAGUUUGAUCGUUUGCUCUAAGUCGUUGUCGCACCUAUGGAAAGGCGACGCAGUGAAUUUGGAGGGGAGCAUUUAUUACCUACCCAUCGACUUCGACGAUUUUCAGAGAUGUUGUGCUGUGAAGGAACUUUUUGCUGCCCUUGAUGUGGCACCUUUGGAAGCUCUUUUGUGUAUGGGUGGGGCUGCAUAUGAGGUCCUAUUCUGUGGUGGAGCAUCAUCAAGCAAAAAUGCACAAUAUCCUGGAAAAAUCAACAUUCGGCCCUAUAACUUAGUUGAAUCUGCACUUGCUUUGAAGUUCCUGAAAGCCAAUUCUUUAGGAAGGAUUGUCUCAGUACGAGGAUCGGUGGUACGGAUGAGUGUGAUCAAACCAUUGGUGACCUGCCUGAGCUUUAAUUGUGCCAAGUGUGGUGCUGUCACUGUGCAAAUCUUCGAAGAUGGAAAGUACUCUGUUCCAACAAGCUGUUCUCUUGAGGGAUGCAAAUGCAAGACGUUUCAUCCAAGCCGCCCUUCAGUACAUGCAAUUGACUUUCAGAAAAUCAGGUUGCAAGAGGUUGUUUCUAAUGACGCCCACGAGGAAGGAAGGAUCCCGAGGACUGUGGAGUGUGAAUUGAAGGAGGAUCUUGUGGAUUCAUGUCUGCCGGGCGACAUUGUGACAGUUUGUGGGAUUGUGAAAGUCCUCAACGGCGAAGCUGAUGCUGCUUCUGCAGACGAGAGCCAUAAACCAUUCUUUCAAAAACUGUAUGAUGAUGCCGUGCAGAGGGAAAGGGAGGCAGCGGCAGCAGCUAGAGCCGCCGACAUUGCUGAUCAGGUGGCUCUCCUUCGGAUCCCGGAAGCCAAUGCUGACUGGUUCCAGGAAGAACUAGCUGCUGCUGUAGCAGCCUUGGUCCGACUGCGGACCCUGGAAAACCUUGAGUCUCGUAUGACAGCACUCGAGCAGCGGAACGAAGAGCUGCAGGCUAAGGUAAUUAGCCUUGAACAGUCCCAGUUGUCUGCCUCUCGCCCUCCUAACCCUCGGUCCGCUGUAGUCCCGGUCUCUCAAUCAAACACAGCCCUCAUAGUUAGAUCAAGUGGAACCAUGGCAAGCGCAGGAACCGGUGCCAACUCCUCGAGCAGCAGCACCGGCAGUUCUGUGCUGGUCAUGGUCCCAAAUGCAGGGACUUCAGCCCAAAACGCCACAGUCCUUACUGGCGUUCAGCACAACGGUCCCAUGGUGGACAAGCGGGCGGCCAUGCUGCCGUCCAAGUACGACGGGAAGGCAGACAUCACCUCUUGGAUUAGUUCCAUGCGGUCGUACUUUGAGGUCAUGCGGACAGCGCAAGAGGACGGAAGUAUGGUCAUGGGGACUAAUACUGAGCCGGUCGUGCGAAACCACAUUGAGCUCCAAGCUGUUGCUGCAGGCUAUGCACACAUAGACCUGACUGAUUGGCUGAAGGUCACCCCUGUCCGCGUUCUUGAGGAUCUUCUCCUUGAUCGGUACCAGGAUAAACAUGCUGCGCUCAAGGCUAGGCUGAAGCUUGAGGCCCUCAAGGGCCAAACAUGGAGGUCAUCCAUGCAGGCUUUGCAACAGCACUUGACUAGUCUGUUCACCACUCCGGAUCUGGGAAUGACUGAUGUAUCUUGUAUGGAUGUAGUUAUGGGAGUGGCCCCUAAAGUUUACCUCUCCCUGCUAGCACUCAAGGACCAUGCCACCUGGCGAGAGCUCAUGAAGGACCUAGUUGACCUAGAGGCCAAGGACCUCAGCAGGCGCAAGAAGGCGCCCGCUGCAGGUGGAAAACCACAACGCAAGCGGUUUGGAAGCAGCAACCAGCUUGCACUGCAUGACCAUCGGGAGGCUGAAGAUCAGUCCUAUGCGGAUGAUCUGUCUCUAGAUGACGAUCUAGAGCCGGACUCCGAUACGGGCUGUUCUGCAUCAGCCAUUGAGUGUGAUAGAAAUGACGAUGAAAAACUUAAUGCAUUCAGAAAGACUGCUUCAAAUAAGGGGCCUAACCGUGGUUCAGGUAAGGGAACGGUCUUACACCUUCCCAAGAAUGCUAAGAUCCUUGAGAAACCGGAGGACGCUUCUACCAAGCCUUGGGAAGCCCUCCGUAUCAGCCAAAAAGAAUGGGAAAGAAGGUCCAAACUGCGCAUAUGCUUGCAUUGUCAAAAGCCUGGGCAUGCUGUGCAGGAUUGCUAUCGAGCAAGGGAAGCAGGGCAGUCAGUUGCAGGCCCUUCCGAGGAGCCUGGAGCUGAUCAGCAGCGUGCUCUUGAAGCCCAAACUAACGCUGAUUCCAAGGCUGAUGCWGUCCAAGUGUUAUACACUGAGCCUUGGGAGGAGUCCAAAGAGGUCGACCUCCACGCCCACAUGGAGCAUUGGCUGCAGCUCAAGCAGCAACGCCGUGUUCAAGGGAGCGUGGAGCUGACUUUCUUUAAACUGCUCAUUAACCGCCGAUACAUCCACGUGCUGAUUGACAGUGGUUCGACCACUAAUUUCUUCUCUCCGAACGGGAUUAGUAAGGCGGGUCUGGGUAUGAAGCAAGUGGAACUGCAGAACCCUUGCCGGACUCAGGUGGGCAACCAAGAGGUUGUCACUUCCACUCAUGUUGUCAAAGGUGUGCGCAUCACCUUUGACAAAGACCGCACUGUCACACAUGAGCGGAAUUUCUAUGUCCUGGAUAAGUGUCCUUUCGACGCGGUCAUGGGCUUGGGCUGGCUAAAGGCUCAUUGCCUAAGGACCACGUGGGCGGACAACCAGUUCGUGGUACUUGAUGCCAAGGGGAACGAGGGUACCGUCUUAUUAGAUGAGACGCGCGAGUCCCCUGUGACUCUUCUAAGUGCUAACAAAUUCUGCAGGUCAGUGCGCAGGCGCAAGGAAGUCAAGCACAAAAUCGAGAUAAUAGAAGGGAGUGUUCCUCCAAAGGGCUGCGUCUACCGCAUGGGACAAGGCGAGUUGGAGGAGCUGCGGAGACAAAUCGAUGACAUGAUUGAUCGUGGAUGGAUUAGACCUAGCGAGUCUGAAUUUGGCGCACCUGUCUUGUUUGUGCCGAAGAAAGGAGGCAAACUCCGGAUGUGCAUUGAUUAUCGUGGCUUGAAUCAAAUCACAGGGAAGAACGCCUACCCCUUGCCUCGCAUAGAUGAUUUGUUAGAUGCGGCCGGUGGUUGCAAAGUCUUCUCCAAGAUCGACCUCAAGUCUGGCUACCACCAGAUUGAAGUUGAUCCGAGCGACCAGCACAAAACUGCAUUCAAGACGCGCGAUGGGCUGUACGAAUUCAUCGUUAUGCCCUUCGGUCUUACGAAUGCACCGGCCACAUUUCAGUGCCUCAUGGACAAGGUACUCCGCCAUCAGCUUAACAGGUUUGUGGUUGUGUAUCUCGAUGACAUUCUGAUUUUCAGCAAGUCCAUGGAUGAGCACGUCAAGCAUCUUGAGGAAGUUUUGCAAGUCCUCAAAGAGGCUCAACUGCACCUCAACUUGGAAAAGUCUGAGUUUGGUAGGGACAGCGUCAUCUAUCUCGGGCACCGGUUGUCUGCAAACGGCCUUGAGCCGGAGGCAACCAAGGUUGAGGUCAUUCGCAACUGGCCUCAACCGGCGAAUGUACGUGAACUGCGUUCCUUUCUCGGUUUGGCAUCUUAUUACCGGAAGUUUGUGCCCAGAUUUUCUGUUAUUGCGCACCCACUCUCAAGACUGACAAGCAAAAAUGUUGCUUAUGUGUGGUGUGAUAAGUGUGAGACUGCGUUCCAAGCCUUGAAAGAGGCUCUGGUGAGUCAUCCUGUGCUCCGCAUUGCGGAUCCCAACCUCACGUUCGUAGUCACUACGGACGUGAGCCAAUUUGGGAUUGGUGCAGUGAUGCAACAAGAUGAUGGCGAUGGCCUGCGUCCGCUCGAAUAUUACAGCAAACGCAUGCCCAGCCACAAGGUGGCCACUUCCAUGUAUAUGCGAGAGCUUUACGCCCUACGUGAAGCCCUCGCACAUUGGAAGCACUACCUCUUGGGUCGCCACUUCAAGGUCUACUCUGAUCAUCAGACCUUGCAGUGGAUUCAGACACAAUCCGAACUCUCUCCUACGUUGACCCGCUGGCUGCAUGACAUUGAUGUUUACAGUUUUGAGUUGAAGCAUAAGAAAGGCUGUUAUAACCGGGUUGCUGAUGCGUUAUCCCGCCAUCCUGAGUUUUUGACUUGCCUUGUGGGUUCAUACGACCUCCGAAGGAAACUGAAGGAGGAUCUGAUUGAACACACCGCCAAGGAUCCGGACCUCAGUCCCAUCCUUGAGCAGCUCAAGGCUGACCCCAAUAGUCAGCCUGAUUUUCACGAAUGCGAGGGUCUUGUGUUCUGCCGGUAUGGAAAGUUUGACCGUUUGUGUGUACCCAACCAUGCGCCUCUCCGAACUCAUUUCUUGGAUUUGGCGCAUGGUCGGAGUGGACAUUUUGGCUUUGAGAAGACUUAUGGAAGUCUUCUGCAGCAAUUUGAUUGGCCAGGAAUGAAAGGAUCUGCUCAGAAAUUCAUUGCUGAAUGUCAGUUAUGCCAAAGAAUCAAGGUCCACAGGCAUAAGCCUUACGGCCUACUGAGACCUCUCCCCAUUCCUGAUGGACCUGGUGAGUCGAUCUUCAUCGACUUCACGGACAUGGGAAAGGUAAGUGAGGCUGGGAAUUCACAUGUCAUGGUCAUUGUGGACCGCUUUUCCAAAUUUCUGAACUUGAUUCCUCUCCCUCCUCAUGCCCCGAUUGAACUUGUCAUCGAGGAAUUCCAUCAGCAGUACAUUCUGAAGUUCGGCGUCCCGAAAACUAUCGUGAGUGAUCGGGACACCAGAUUCAUCAGCAAAGACUGGAAGGACUUCACGUCCCAGAUCUACGACAUCAAACUAAACAGGACUUCUGGUCGACACCCCGAAGCCAACGGAUUGGCUGAGGAGAUCAACCAGACUGUCAUCCGACUGCUACGCGCGCUGAUUGUUCCAGAUCAGAACACGUGGGACAAGGAACUACACAAAGUGAAGGGACUGUACAACAACAAACUCCAUUCACUCUGCAACUGGCGGAGAGGGAGCAAGAAGAAUAAAUGUCUCUUUGACCUGUGCAUUGAAGCAGUUUCGCUCGUCAAUUCAAGAAACCAGGACCCCCAAGCAAAGGACACAAAGGCAAACCAUUUGGAUGGUGAAGAGGAGGCUGCAGCCAACACUCCUGAUGUCAGGUGGCGGAAACAGUUUCACAGGAGACAGGUUAUUAGACUGGGACAAAAUGAACUAAAUGGACCAAUACUAAAAUCUGGAGGGCCACUCAAUGGAGGACCUGAUGGCAGGAGCGUUACUGGCUGCACUGCUGGAAUGAGACCAGGUGAUUAUCCUAGAGGCCUGGUUAUCACAAUGGUAGAGGAUGGGAUCAUCAUUGGCCGAGUACCAGCUCCGUUAAUGGACGCCGAAGCAGAGGUUGUCGACCUUCACGUUUUCAUCGCGAAGAUCGACCGCGAGUUCAAGACGCAACGGUAUGACGACAUCGACGCACCAUUGCUAUACGUACGCAUUCAGAUCGGAGAGGCGACCUGCAGUGCCUUGAUCGAUUGCGGAGCAUCUCGCAACUACAUCAGCCAAGACUUCAUGGUACGCGCCGGCCUUGGCCCACGUGUCCGGAGGAAGUCCCAGCCUACGCAAGUCACUCUGGCAGACGGUCAUACGCACAAGUCAAUCGACCGGUGCAUUGACGCCAUCCCAGUGUACUUUGCCCCUCACGCAAGUGAGGCGGUGUCCUUUGAUAUUCUGGACACCAAAUUCGACAUGAUCUUGGGCAUGUCAUGGCUGCGAAGCGAGGAUCACCCGGUGAACUUCUUCAACCGCACCGUUCACGUUCGUGAUCGGAACGGAGUAUUAGUUUCAUGCACGGUGCCUCUUCCUCAUCCUUCGAUCAGCUGCCACGUGGUAUCCGCCGCAAGCAUGCGAGCUUCCAUCAUCAGAGACGACAUCGAGGAGAUGGGGGUGUGUUUUCUCCACGCCCUCCCGCCACAUGAUGCUUCAUCGACGGACUCACCUUCGGACCCACGCAUCACCGAGCUUCAGCGACACUUCAUCUGGGCAUAUCAGUCUGAUCCGGACUUCGGCACGCUCUAUGCACAACUAUCUUCGGAUCACCCGCCGGCCAGCCAUUUCCGCAUCGCCGACGGGUACUUGCUCCUCCACUCGAGAGGCAAGGACUUACUAUGUGUCCCACGCGAUCGUCGUCUUCGGACUCGCCUCCUCGGCGAGUAUCAUGAUUCACGACUCGCCGGCCAUUUCGGAGUCGACCGCACUAUUGCACGGCUUCGACAGCGAUUCCGAUGGCCCGACCUCAUUACCGAUGUCACUCGGUAUUGCGACUCUUGCGAAGUUUGCCGACGCAGCAAGCCCCGCAACCGCAAUCCCUACGGCGAGUUACACCCGAUGCCUAUCCCACGGGAACCUGGUCUCUCCAUUGCCAUGGACGUCACCGGUCCGUUUCCUCGCGACCGGCUCGGGUACAACGGCAUCCUCACGGUGGUGGACCGAUUGAAGGGCUUGGCGAGGAGUGAUAUCUUUCUUGGAGAGGAUGGAGGAGACGAUGGUGUUGUCAGUGCGGAUGGUGAAGUAUUGCCCGUGGAGGUACGGUCGCCAGACUGUGAGGAUGUGAAUCACGACGAGGAGUUCCUUCUCGUUGGAGGGGUAAUUCAUCUCCGCGGGAAGGAGCUUCUUGCUUGCGAAGGCGAUAGGGUAUUCGCCAGGUGGAGCCUCGGGGUGAGUGGGCGAGUCCUUAAUGGAGGGGGUCUCGGCGGUGUCGCGGGGGAAAUGUUGGGACAGUACGGCUCCGAUGGCGAAGUCGGAGUCGUCAGUGGUGACAUAGAAAUGGCGAGUGGGGUCGGCGAUCUUGAGGACAGGGGCCGUGGUGAUGGUUUGCUUGAGCGAAUCGUGAUCGGGGAUUCACAACCGGUAGAGGUAAGACCGGCUCUGCGGACACACGAGUCGGUGAUGAAGUUACCGGUGGCUCCAAUGUCGAGGAGGGCCCGGAACUUAGUUGUAGACGCACCAAGGGUGGCAGCGAUGAAUUUGAGGUGGAAACGAGAUGAGUUGGCGGUGGAGAUGAUGGUGUUGAGGCGGCGUUGUUCGUUGCGCAAGCGGACAAGCCAAUCGUGUCGGGCCUGUUCCUCAACAACAUCGGAGAAGGUGAUAGUGGAUGGAUUUGGAAGAAGGGUAGAGGAGCAUGAGGCAGUGGGAGGCGUUUGGGACGCCUGGGAGCCGUCCGGUGGAGGGGGCGUCGCCAGAGAGGGGGGAGGCAAACGAAUUGUCGAUGUUAAAUGGGCCAUCGGUGGGACGGAGGAUGCCACCGAUGGGUGGGCCGACAGAUGUGAUGUCGAUGCCGGGUCAGUGUCCUGGGGACUGUGUGUGGUCGAUUUGGCUGUUGUCCUCAAGGAGGUAGUUGGGGGGGAGUUGUGGCAUUGCGGGGUAAACCCCGGAGGUGGCUUGGGAAUAGGUGGGACGGAUGGUGGGGAUGGCGGAGGUGGUCAUGAUGGGUCGGGAGAGGGCGGUGUGCUGGAUGCGCCGGAUGGGGGAGGAGGUGGAGGGAACGGGACGAUGGUGGAGGUUGAUGGGUUGGUGGAUGUGGUGGUAGAGGUGGUAGGAGUGGAGGAGGUCGGCGGGGGGGUGUUGCUGGAGGCGGCUGUGGAGGAGGGAGUGGUUUGCGCUGUGGAGGAUGGAGUGGUUUGCGCUGUGGAGGAGGGAGUGGUUUGCGCGGUGGUGACGACCAUGAUGGAGGGGAUGGUCCCUUCGAUCAUGGUGACGCGGUCGCAUAUGGACGACAUGUUGGCCUUUAUGUCGUCAAGAGAGGCGGUGACGAAGGUUCGGAGGGUGUUGACGGCGAUUGCUCUGGCUUUGGUAGGGGGAGUGCAAAAGCAUGUGGGUGACAAUGACAGGGUUCCUGUCAGAGGAGAUCUUCAUGUCUUGGUUGUUGGUGACCCUGGUCUCGGAAAGAGCCAGCUGCUGCAGGCUGCGGCUGCUAUUGCACCACGAGGAAUCUAUGUGUGUGGGAACACAACAUCAACGGUUGGGCUGACAGUGGCAGUUGUGAGGGACAGCAUGACUGGAGACUAUGCCUUCGAAGCAGUGGUUGGAAGCAGCACUGGUGUAGAGCAGCGCUGUGGGGAAGAGGAGCACCCAGUUCUCCACCUUGGCUAUGGUGGAGGAGCUCGGGUAGGAGGAGGGGGGAGAAGGGGACUAGGAGACGGGAGCGCCAGGGGUACUUACCUGGCCAUGGUGGAUGCCAUCUUCAUCACCCUGGUACGCGGUGCAUCUGGAAGUCCCCCGUUGCGGUAUUGCUACAUCAAAUAGCUUCAAGGCAGAGUCAGGCAUGGCGGCCUGAGAGGAAAAGGCCAUAGCUGCUUUACAUUU